AUGGCAUUCCUCUGGGGCUCCAAGAGAGAGAAGAGAAAGGAAGAUGAUAGCUACCGAUUGCCUGUCUCACGGUCGAAAUUAAAUCCUAGACCGAACACAAGAUGGUGGAGCGGUUCCCGGAAAAAACGAGUAGCUAAUUGGCUCCUAAUUGGUGCCAUUUGCUUUUUGGCUUAUCGAAUUAUAGGUGUCUUGAUCUUGGAGGCUCGAGAAAGCUCUUCAGGUAUCGGAACAGUCGGCAGAAACUACAAGACAAUAACACUGUCGGAGGAGGCUUAUUACGAUUACGAUUUCGAGGACAUUGACCCUGAGGUGAUCAAGAAAUUCGACAAUGGCGUCACUUACUAUCAGAUAACGCAGUUCGGAGAAGAAACCAUGACUGCGGAACAGCAGGAAGCAUUUGAGAAGGAUGUUACCAUGCUUGUGGACUCGACCGUUGAGAAAUACGACUUGAGAGACUUUUCCGGCUCGUCAAACGGUGCUGCAAACCAGGAGCAUCUUCUUUUGUGCAUUCCUCUCAGGGAUGCAGAGAAAGUGUUGCCCUUGAUGUUCAAGCAUUUGAUGAAUAUCACCUAUCCUCACGAGCUGAUAGAUCUGGCGUUCCUGGUGAGUGAUUGUUCGGAAGGAGAUCAUACGCUGGAUGCGUUGGUUGCCUUCUCCAGGCAAUUGCAAAAUGGAACCCUGUCCCAAGUGUUUGCCGAAAUGGAGGCGGAUGAGAAGAAGAGAAGUGAAGGAACGGAGAAACUUUACCUGCAGUACAUGGACCAGAAUUACAUCAAAAAGGUGCACGACGCCUUUAGCCCGCCGUUCCAUGCUGAUUAUGACAAGUCAUUUAGAUCAGUGCAGAUCUUUCAGAAGGAUUUUGGUCAGAAGAUAGGCCAGGGUUUCAGUGAUAGACACGCUGUCAAAGUACAAGGUUUGAGAAGAAAAUUAAUGGCUAGAGCCAGAAACUGGCUGACAGCAAAUGCUCUGAAGCCUUAUCAUUCCUGGGUGUACUGGAGAGAUGCUGACGUUGAACUCUGUCCCGGUUCGGUGAUUCAAGAUUUGAUGUCCAAGGGUUACGAUGUCAUCGUUCCUAAUGUAUGGAGACCUCUCCCCGUCUUUUUAGAAGCCGAACAGCCUUACGAUUUAAACUCGUGGAUAGAAUCUACCGAGGCUCUUGAAUUGGCACGUACGCUUGACGAGGAUGAUGUCAUCGUGGAAGGAUACGCUGAAUAUCCGACAUGGAGAGGUCACCUGGCAUACUUUCGCGAUGCUGAUGGAGAUCCGAACGAGGUGGUUGAUCUUGAUGGUGUUGGUGGAGUUUCAAUUCUUGCGAGGGCCGAGUUAUUUAGACGCGGUAUCCAGUUUCCUGCCUUCACCUUUGAGAAUCAUGCCGAAACAGAAGGGUUCGGUAAGAUGGCUAAAAAGAUGGGCUACAGAGUUGGCGGUCUACCGCAUUACACCUUAUGGCACAUCUACGAGCCAAGCGACGAUGACCUCAAGGAGAUUGCAAACAAAGAAAGGGAAAAGAGAAGAGAAUAG